AUGAGUUCCUCUGGUUACUACGAACUGUACCGCAGAAGCACUGUUGGUGCAACGCUGGUGGAUGCUUUGGAUACACUUAUCAGUGAUGGUCGGAUUGAAGCCUCUUUGGCCAUGCGUGUCCUCGAUACGUUUGACCGUGUGGUAGCGGACGCUUUAAGAGACAAGACUCAAAGUAAACUCACAUUUAAGGGUCAUCUGCAUACUUACAGGUUCUGUGAUGACGUUUGGACUUUCAUUAUUGAGGAUUGCAAUGUUAAACUGGACCAAACUGAGGAUAUUCAAGGGAACACUGUGGUUGUCGACAAACUACGUAUCGUGGCUUGUAACUCCAAAAAGAGCGGGGAAUAA